UGUUCGCGGGGGGUCGCGGGAUGCUAUAUGUCUUAGGCGUUGUUCGCCAUCUUGGUUUGACGGUUUUUAGCAUUGAUUUGAAGCCAUUACAGCUUGUGAAAUACUUUAAAUUCUCUUGACACAUAUUGGAGCAUACUUAUUGAAGACGAAAAUGUCGAUAAGACGGCAACUGAAAAACGUUGUGAACAAUUAUUCGAACUCCGAAGUGAAAGUACGCGAAGCGACUUCGAAUGACCCAUGGGGGCCAUCGAGCUCUCUCAUGUCCGAAAUUGCUGAUGCGACAUACAAUGUCGUAGCGUUUUCCGAAAUAAUGGCUAUGAUUUGGAGAAGGCUGAACGACCAUGGAAAGAACUGGAGGCAUGUUUACAAAUCGCUGGUGCUUCUUGAUUAUAUUAUCAAAACUGGGUCCGAACGCGUCGCACAACAAUGCAGGGAAAACAUAUUUGUCAUACAAACUCUAAAAGACUUCCAAUUUAUCGACAAAGACGGAAAAGACCAAGGUAUGAACGUAAGGGAAAAAGCAAAACAACUUGUGGCAUUGUUAAAAGACGAGGAACGACUUAAGAGUGAAAGACAACGGGCAUUAAAAGCCAAGGAAAGAUUCGCUCAAGCUAGCUCUGGCAUUGGUAGUGAUUCAGUUCGAAGCGGGCAGACGACGCUAGGUUCCGGUGGCAGUCUGACAGAUAUGAGAACCGCAGGAGCUGACGGAGGGGCUCUGCCUACGAGCAGAUCAUGGGAACCAGAGAGAAAGGUCACUAAUACAGAAAUAGAGCAUUGUAGACCAUCCAAUGCCAAUGAGGAGGAGUUACAGCUGCAACUUGCCUUGGCACUCAGCAAACAGGAGGCUGAGGAGCACAAGGAGUUAGAUAAGAGAGAAGAUGAGAGACUACGCUUGGCGUUGAACCAGAGUCAGACAGAUUCAUCCGUGCCCGGAUAUCAAACAGAGCAGGAUGGAUUUGGCGUCGAUGCUUGGGGGGCUCCCAUUUCACAAGCCCCUUCUCAGCAACCAGUGUCUGACCCCUGGGCUGGUGGUGCACAGGCAGCAGUGCCUCCAGAUCCCUGGGGUGGUUCCAUGCCGCCUGUGCCAGCAGCAGAUCCUUGGGGUGGCAUUGGGGUCUCAACUGCUGCACCCAUUUCAUCCGCACCUAUAGUGUCAUCAACUCCUCCAGUAGCUGACCCUUGGGGUGCUCCCCAAGCUGCAGCCCCUGUCGCCGCCGACCCUUGGGGAGCCCCAGCCCAUGUCAGUAGUGCUGGGAGUAACCCAUGGUCAUCCACCAAUGGCCAGUCUAUAAUAGCACCUGCAGUAUCUAUAAGUGACCCAUUUGAUCCAUUUGGGCAGCCAGCGCCUGCACCUUCUAGUUCCGGCGACCUUUUCAUGACACCAAGCCCAGUAGGAGCUCAUCCAAUGCAGCCUGCCUCAGACCCCUUCAGUAUGAGUGAUGUAGGUCAGUCCCUUCCCUCACAACAGCAGAAGAAGCCGGACGACUUCCUUGGUGGUCUUCAAGGGCUAGUGGAUCUUGACAGCCUUGCAACGAAAUCACAUUCAGAACCAAACCCAUUUUUACCAUCUGUGAGUGACUCUAGUAAAACUAAGAACCCAUUUAUGCAGGACAAACCUCAGAAGCCAACAUUGAAUCAGUUGCGCUUGCAAGGACCAGAAGUUGGUGCAGCAGCGGGACCUGCAUAUUCCGGGGGAGACAUACUGUUGCCAGCUCCCCUGAUACCCAAUACUUCUACAGCCAGCCAACAAGCUGUGAACAACCCAUUUCUAUAGGGCAUCAAAGAUGUGCUAUUAUGAUGCUGGGCUUAACACCAUUUAAGUGGGCAGGGCACUGAGAACAACUGCUAGAGGACCCCUGUGCUGGUCCACAGGACAGGCUUAUGUCCAUUACUGGGCUUCUUUGUCCUUAUACAGCAAACCUUGUAUAGUAACAAAACAUGUUUCCUGGGACAUCAACCUCAAGACAGAACACAGGGUUUGAUUUUACCUGGCUUAGUCUAGGUAACCUCAAAUGUGCUCAGCAUUAGCUAGCAAAGGCCAUCCACCCUUUACUUGUCCUGUUUUCAAAAAUAGGCUCCUUUGCUUCUUCAUUUCUACUUGAAUUUUAUAAAGUUAGCAAAAAUGUUUAAAUAGCACCCUGGGAUACUAGCAGUGUUUUGGUCUACUUGCGUUUUGUUUAUCACCUUUAAUUGUAAAAGUCAAGGAUGUUUUAUGUCAAAACCAGGAGAUUUUGGCUUAAGACAUACCUAACUGGGUAUACCACCAGCUGGUAAAUUUUGAUUUAAAUCUGGGGAACUACGCGUGAAGGCCAAAGUCGAGGAGAGUUGACAUCCUUGUGGACAGAAGGGGACUCCACAUUGUAAAUAUAUUAUGAAAGGUAAUAUAUCUCAACUGGCGUAAAAUAAUGCCAUAAAAAUUUUCUGAAAGCUAGAUUGUGGAUUUAAUAGAAUGCUGUGAUGGAAACGCCUUAACUCUAAAUUCUUGCGGUUCCUCAUUGAAAGUAGGGAACUGUUGGCAGUCACAGUUGACUCUCAAAUUUUUUCUGCGAGGGGAGUUCAACAAUUUUUUGUAACAAAAUAAGAUGGUCAAGGGUGCAAACUUUUAGGCCUAUGUCUAAAGUAGCCCAUGUAAAUUCAUGUGUCUUACAAACUUAAAGAACACCCUGCGACCUGCAACCUUUAUAACUGUAUCAAUAUCGACCUAUAUGCCUAGACCAAGCAGUAGCCAGUGUUUUGAAUGUUGCUGCUUGGAUGGGCCAGGAUGGAGGAGUUUAAAUAAAUACUGAUUUUUUUUAGAUGUUUGUUUAACUAUGAUAUUGUUCGUAGUAGAACGUAGAGUUAGAAGCAGCUGCAACAUUUUGGUCCAGAUUUUUGUGGGGAGUUGACUGUGACAUGAAUAUUUUAUUACGGUGUUUUUCCACUGCUGUCUGUAUGUAAAAUUCAAGGGUCCAGUCCUAUUUAGUGCUAGUCCCUUGAAUUUCGAACCACGAUCUAUGCUCUCAAAUUAGACAGUAAAAUGGAGGUAAUAGUUUCACAAGAAGCUAUUAGCAAAAUUAGUUAAAGUAAAUUAAGUGUUCUUACUGUAGGGUUAGACUGGGUGGUAUUGAUGUUAUCACACCACAAAAAGGCUAGAAGAAGUCUUAGUGCAACUGGCCUUCUGCAGCCAGAGUUCCCUGUUCUAACACUUUUUGAUGUGAUAUGGUACUAUACUAUUGAACCUGUUGGCUUGUAAAAAGAAAGCUUUAAGUGAUGUGAAGUGACCGUCCUACCUUUGCUGCUGUGGUCACUUUAUAAAGAACCAAGGGCCAAAGCAUAUGGACAAGGCCUGAGAAAGAUUAGGGGAAAGAUUGGACUUGUCCAGGGACGAGGUUAGGGAAAGGAGAAGUGUGUGAGAAGUGAAGGAAAAGUUUUCUUUCCCUACAUACUCCCAAACUGCACCCCUGCCCCACCUUGCUCGUUUUUAUCCCAAUUAUUUAAACUUAAAACUAGAGUGCACCAACUAUAUCUCAGAUUUUUUGUGCAUUUGUGUGGCUGUCAAGUAGUUCAAUUAUCUCAUUUAUACUGUAUAUAGAAUGACAAGUUAACAAAUAAAGUAUAAAACAAGCUG